AUGAAGCAACACAAUCCAGUACUACGGCUGCAAUAUUCGAAUCGUAGAAGGGUUUGGUACUUCUAUAUUCUGUGCUAAGAAAGUGUUUAAAGGGAUAUUUACCUUAUUAUAGUCGAUGCGAAAGAGCUAAACGUUCGGUCAAGAAUAUUGUUUGGGUGAACGCUAUCUGAGACUCAAGAAGAUGCCAGUGUCUAGAAAUCCAAGAGCAGUAACCAGCAAGAUACCCAAGAUAAGUUGUAACACCACAAAUGUGGAAAAUCUCAAGGCUGACAAGGAAGAGAACAGUCAAACAAAGCGUUCAUCAACCUCUCCUCAAGGAGCACCCAAGAAAAGAUCCGCAUUUGGAGACAUCACCAAUGCCAGCAAAGCACAGUUUCUUCAGGUGAAGAAGAAUGCAGUGAAGCAGCCCAAAAAGGCACAAAAGGUGGAAGCCGCACCACAGCCUGUGCCUGAAAAUAAAGUGGUUGUACAGAAAAAGUCUUUGAAUAAAGCAUCAAGCAAAGCGAUUCCACCAAGUGACCCACCUGAGCAAAAACUCACUGAAGCUGUUGAGAAAUUGCCAGUGAAAGAACCCAUCGUGGAAGACGUGCAGUGCAAUGUAGAGCAGGUUUCAGAUCCCUAUGAUGUUGAUAAAGAAAGUAGUGGUGACCCAUUCAUGAGUUCAGAGUAUGCAAAAGAUAUCUUUGACUAUCUCAAGGAGAGAGAGUUGAAGUUUGGCAUUGAGAGCUACAUAAAUAAACAACAAGAUCUGAACAAAGAGAUGAGAGCCAUCUUGGUGGACUGGAUGGUGGAGGUUCAGGAGAAUUUUGAGCUGAACCAUGAAACUCUGUAUCUCUCUGUGAAGCUUGUUGAUCACUAUUUAUCAGAAGUUAUCUGCAUGCGAGAAAGUUUGCAGCUGAUUGGCUCAACUUCAAUGCUGCUUGCUUCAAAGUUCGAGGAACGCUGCCCACCGUGCGUGGAUGACUUCCUGUACAUCUGUGAUGAUGCAUAUAAAAGAGAGGAGCUAAUCAACAUGGAAAUGAACAUUUUACGUAUACUUAAAUUUGAUAUCAACAUUCCAAUUGCGUACCGUUUCCUACGGAGAUAUGCCAAGUGUGCACAGACCUCCAUGGAAACCUUAACCUUGGCCCGCUAUAUAUGUGAGCUGACUCUCCAAGAGCUGGAUUUUGUCUCUGAGAGAGCUUCCCAAUUGGCUGCCGCCUGCUUGCUCUUAGCUAUGGCAAUGAAGAAGAUUGGAGGCUGGACGCCCACUCUGCAGUAUCAUACGGGGUACACUGUGUCUGACCUUCUUGCUCUAGUGAAGAGGCUAAAUUUUUUGGUCACGUAUUCAACAGAUGAAAAGUUAAAGGCUGUCCGAAGCAAAUACUCACACAGGGUGUUUUUUGAAGUGGCGAAGAUUAAACCACUUGACAUGUUGGAUCUCCAUCAAAUGUUAGAAUGCUAGCAAUGUUGGCCUUCUUGUAAAAUCGAGAUGUAAAUAAUUAUAUUUAUAUAUAACAUUAUGUUAAAAAUUUUAAUUUUAAAUUUUUUUUUACUUUUAAAGUUUGUUCUUUGUAUGAUAGGUAUCACCCACUUCUUGACUGAGCAGGUGUAUUUCAUUUUAUCAGUAUAUAUAAAAAAACUACCUGCAUUACCAUUACUGACAAGAAAUAAUGACUGCAAUAUACUUGAGAGAAAACAAAAAAUAUAUAGACUGAAAAGCUAACAUGGCUCUUAUAGUGUUGCUGUGAAUAUCCAUGUAUAGACUCUUCAGUGUGGUACAGUGUGUAUCGUGUGUGUGUGUGUUUUAUGUGUCUCUUAUUAAUUAAUGCUAUGUACAGUAAAUCCUUUGUCAAAUAGAAGAGAAACUCUGUAUACCACUCUGUGAUGCCCAGUUAUGUUAGUUGUCUUUUUACAUUUAAUACUAUAUUAAGACCCAUUUUUUUAAGUUUUGUGUAGAAAAGAAACCAAAAAACUUGU